AUGUCGCAAGAGAACCUUGCAGGAAAUGUGCAGACAGCCGCGGCCGCCGUGGCUGGAGUAGCGGUUAAGCUUCCGGAUUUCUGGAAGAACGAUCCGGUGAUGUGGUUCGCACAGGCCGAGGCGCAGUUUGCUCUGGCCAAUGUGGUGCGCGACCACACAAAGUUCUAUCACAUCAUCGCAAAAAUUGACCAAUCCGUCAUUUGCCAUGUGACAGAUUUGGUCACGAAUCCGCCAGCCAAUAACAAAUACGACACUCUCAAACAACGUCUGAUUUCCCGAUUCCAAGUAUCCGCACAAGGUAGAUUGGAGCGGUUGCUGAGUGCUUGUGAUCUUGGAGACAUGCGCCCAACCCAUCUACUUGCAAAAAUGCAAGAAAUCGCUACUGGACUGAACGUAACAGACGAUUUGAUGAAGAUGCUAUUCCUUCAGCGUAUGCCUCCCAGCGUGAAGGCAGUACUUUCAAUCAGCGACGGAACUAUCCAUCUUCCCACAUCGCCGUCGUUUCGAAUGUAG